AUGAUACGCGGUGUUAGGCUUAGGUUUAGCAUUGAGGAAUUUGCAUUGAUUAUUGGUUGGCGAGUUUUGUAUUUCGUGGAGUGGUUCUUGCUUAGUGGCACUAAGCAUAAAAAUGUACCCAAGUCUAUUUUAGAUGUUGUAGAUAGUGGGAGGUACAAUGAAUUUGCUUGGGGCCGGAGUUCUUUUGAAUUGACUAUUUCCUCAUUGAAGGGUAAGCUUGAUAGUUGGGUUGACGGGGUUAGGAAGGCAAAGAGUUCGGGAAAGAGGCCGAGUGUUUUUUACACUCUGAUUGGUUGUCCUCAUGUUCUACAAGUUUGGUUCUACGAGUGUUGUAAGUACAUGAAAGGUAAGUACUGCCAAAAGGAAAGCUCUCGUAUUCCAAGGAUCACUCAGUGGACAUGCAAUAGUCAACCUACUUUCAAAGUUUUGAAGACUACUAUCUUUGAUGUUUCCAAAGAUAAGCUGCAACUUUCAAAUAUGAGGCCCACGGCUGGUGAGUUCAAAGCUUUGAGCGAAGCGGUUUCAAGUUCGACACCGACUUCAACUCUUACAAGAGUCUUCCUGUCCCCGAAGAGCCAACUCGUUGCUCGAGUGACAUUUACGUCAAGCUUGAGGCCUUUUCUCGAGAAAUUUCAUGGGUUGGAGAUGGCUUCAAUGCAGACACAGUUUUCUACUGUUUUUGCCGAUUCCUAUGCCAAGGUAUUUUAG